AUGGGUGGUCAAGUUUCCAAGUUAAUGGGGAAGAUCUUCGGGACGAAGGAAAUGCGGAUUCUGAUGUUGGGUUUGGAUGCUGCUGGAAAGACCACAAUCCUGUACAAGCUGAAACUCACGAACCAGGAGGUCACUACCAUCCCCACUGUUGGGUUUAACGUCGAAAGCGUAACCUACAAGAAUGUCAAGUUCAAUGUGUGGGAUGUCGGCGGCCAGGACAAGAUCCGGCCACUAUGGAGACACUACUAUUCCGGAACGCAAGGCUUGAUCUUCGUCGUUGAUUCCAGUGAUACGGCCCGGAUGGAGGAGGCUCGUUCCGAGCUUCACAAGAUCAUCAAUGACCGCGAAAUGAAGGAUGCUCUUCUCCUAGUGUUCGCGAACAAACAAGAUAUUUCAGGCCGUAUGUAUCUCAAGAACCACCAGGAUGGUGUGCCCACUAACUUACUCUCCGCAGAUAUGAGCCCCGAAGACGUUACCAAUGCGCUCCAACUCAACAAGCUAAAGGACAAGCUAUGGUAUGUCGCGCCUAGCGUGGCUACCGAGGGUACUGGUAUCUUCGAAGGACUUGCUUGGCUUUCCAACAACGUGAAAACACCGGCCCAAAAAUAA